GGGCGGGGCAGAGGAGGAGCCACCAUCAAAACUAGCUCCUGCCGCUGUCAUGGACUCCUCACGCAGCAGCAGCUGGUUCCCCACCCAGACCCUGGUGCUCCUUCUCUCUAUUUCUUUGCCAGGUUCCCAGACAGCCGAAGACCCCAGCUUUCCCUCCACACUGGAAAAAGCUGUUGGGGAGUCUGUCCAGCUGCCACUGAACUGCUCCUCAUGCCCUGACAUUCGGGAGAUUGAGUGGACCUGGGGUCAUGGGGACAAAGAAGGACAGUUUCUGGUGUCCUGGAGGCCUAAUACCUCUGCUCCUGAAUGGUAUAAAAUUGAAGAAAAAUACAAGAGCAGGCUCUUCCUGACAGAGAUGGGCUUCUUGACCAUCACAGAUCUCACAACGGAAAUGAGUGGAAUAUAUACAGCGAAAACCAAAUUCCACUCAGGAGCAUCCCAGAAGAAAGCCUUCAGACUCUGUGUAUAUGAGCCUGUCCCCCACCCACAGAUUCUGAUCCAUUCAUCAGCCCACACAUCAGGCUGGUGCAAGGUCAGCCUGGAGUGUGGGGUCCCUGGGGUCACAGAGCACCUGACAGUGGCCUGGGAGAGCCAGGACCUGCCCUGGGAGCUGGAGCAGAGUGGGCCACUGGGACUGGCACCCAAGCCCUGGAAUCUAAGCCUGACCCUGCUCCUGAACCAGACCAACACCAGCCUCACCUGUGUGGUCAGCAACCCGGUGGACAGGAAGAAUGUGACCUUGCACCUGGACAGCAUCUGCCUACCGGGGGGCUCUGUUCAGAGAAAAUGGAUCUGGAGCAGCAUCCUUCCCAUGGUUCUGAUGUUGAUGCUGAUCCUGGGGGCUGGAGUGUGGGUCUGGGUGAGGAUGAAGAGGAAGACUGGGAAAAGGGCAUCCUGGGCAGCUGCUCCUCAGGCCCUUCCCCCAGGAGAACCUGCUGAGCUGCCCGAGUACGACGUCUACAGCAAUGCAGAGGCCAAGUAUUCGAAGGUCAGCCCCCUGAGACAGCCCCAGAAAGACCUACAGAAGGACACCUGCCGUGCACGGAGCCCCAGAGAUUCUACAGCAGUCUGCACUGUCUAUGAGAAGAUCCGGGCAAGCCCAGAACCCCAGGGGAGUCCCUAGACCAUGAAGAUAUGGGGGUCAGUGAAGGGUCUUGGCAAAUUAAGUCCCACAGCAUUCUGUAGCCCAAGGUCCCCAGAGAACUCUCCUUAAGAUACAACAGGGGCUGGACCCCAAGUCUUUCUGACUCAUGCUUUUGAGCUAGCAGUUCCCUUGGGCCCCCACCACCAUUUUCCCACUGUAAAGGCUAUGAGCAGUGACUCUGUGUAGGGUAAAUAAAAAGCAUCAGGCUUUUCCACCCUCCUGCCAUUAGACUAAAUGCAUGCCUGAUGAUGGAGUAGGGUGUGGGCAUACAUAGGUGGAUACACCUGGGCUAAGACUGGGCUUAUAAGGGCAGCAUCAUGAGAACAUCACGAGAGCAAAAGAGAAGACCAGCAGAGCAGCAGAGGUCACGAGAGAAUGCCUGUAGGGUAAGUGAAAAAGUAUCAGGCUUUUCUGCUCUCCCGCCAUCAGGAUAGAUGACGGAACCCUGUGGUCCUGAAUGCAUGCCUGAUGGCGGGCACCUGGAGUAGGGUGUGAGCAGAUGUAGACGGGAUUCACCUGGGCUAAGACUGGGCUUAUAAGGGUGGCAUCACAGGGAUGCCAGAGGAAGAGCAGAAACCAGAGAGAAUGAAAGAACAGAGAAAAGAGAGAAGCAGAGGCCACAAGAAAAUCCGGAGAGCCCAGACAGAGUAAAGACUUGCUGGGGGCUGGGAGGCCUGCCAGCCUCCCGGCUUCCCAACACCUCUACCUGCUGUGUACCUGAUGAAUCCCAAAAAAAGCCUGAAAAAGCCAUAUAGGGCUCCAGGACUUCUCCUUUACCUGUCUGCUAGGAUCAUAGAGAUCCUGCUCCCUGUCCUCCUGCCAUUACAGUGCCGGAGAGCCCAGAAAGAGUGAAGACUCACCAGGGGCUGUGAGGGCAGCCAGCCUCUCAGUCUGCAGGCACCCCUGCCUGCCAUGUGCCUGGUAAACUCAAUGAAAGCCUGAAAAAGCCACUGAGGGCUCCAGGACUCUGCUCCUUCACCCUUCUGCUUGGGUCAUAGAGAUCCUGCCAUGUGGCCAUCCUGCCACUAUACUCUGCUUCUUGAACAUCUGAGUAUGACAGGGGAACCCUUCAUCCAAGAAUGAAAUGUUAAUUUUAUUGUUUCUCCUUUAUCAUCUGUGAUGUCACAAGGUUUUCUCUUUUUUUAUUUAUUAACAAUACAGUCAUUUGAAACUGAGUUAUCCUUACAUUAUUGGAAUAAAUCCCAGUCAAUGCAUUAUCCUUUUAAUGUGCUACUCUUUGAAAAUAUUUUUAUUUGGGAUUAUUGCAUCGCUAGUCAAAAAUGCAAUUCUCCUGUAUUUUUUGUUUUUCUUUGAAAGUUUGGUAUUUGUGUUGUACAUAUGAAAGAUUCCUUUUAUCCUCACUAAUAAUUCAAGAAUUUUUUGAUAGACUAAAAGUUUCCUUUUAAAGAAAAGAAUUCCCAUUUACCAGUGUUUUUAUUAUGUUACUUAAAGUUAUAUGAACAUGAAACUAUGUAUGAACAUGAACCUAUAUAUGGCUUUUAUAAGUAAACCAAAAAUAAAUACAUAUAAAGAUAAUAGUAAAACAAAGAAGCAAUGGUUAUUCAAACUGAUAUUCAAUCUUACAAACAAUGUAACUUGAUGGGUGUGUUUCUUUUGCUGACACUAAAUCAUAAUGUUGGGAUUAUUGGGAAAAAAUGUAUGUUCAGAUCAGGUUGUAUUUUUUUUUUAAUUUAUUUUUAUACAAGAACCGGGGUACAGGCCAGAUGUGUGGGAGGGUGAGAGGAUUCACCAGAGACAGCAGGGAAGAGAACAGGCAGACUGAUGAAAUACACUGCUGAAGGGAGUAGUGGAUGCGACAGGAGAGGUCUGCCGCGCCAUGUGGGACCCUCGCUGGCCAGCCAGGAUCAAACCGGUGCUGCAGAGGCUGCGACAGCUUCACAGCAAGGUGCUCAAAUGCCUGCGCCACCAGGAGAGGCCCUGUAUUUACUUAUUUUUAUAAUUGAAUAUACAGUGUUACUUUACAUGUUUAUUGACACUAUUCAAGGCUUUGUUAGUUCAAAACAGUCGACCACAUUGUAACAGCAGGAAGGCCAUGGAGCAGGAUCUCUAUGAUCUGAGCAGAUUGGGUAAGGAGAGUCCUGGAGCCCUCACUGGCUUUUGCAGUCUUUUACUGGGAUCUGCCAGGUACACGGCAGGCAGGGGUGCUGGGAAGCCAGGAGGCUGGCAG